AUUUCCCUCUCUUGUUGGCUAGACAUCAUCUGUGGACAAUUUCUUAUACUCUAUACAACGCUGUAAUGCCUUUCACUCCGGAUUCUGAGCUAGACCUCUUGUUCCCACCUGAGCACAUCCCUGACAACGUCAGGCAGCAGCUUCACUCAGACCUCCAUAUACGCCCGCUUGCCUUGACUGACUACCAGCGUGGCCAUCUCUCCGUCCUGUCAGUCUUGACGGUUGUUACAGACCCAGGAGAAGCUGCAUGGCAGGCACAGUUCAACGCGCUCCGUGCCGCACCACGCACAUACUAUUCUAUCGUCAUCGUGGACAAGAUCACAGACCGCAUUGUGGCCGUCGGUACAACAUUCAUCGAACGUAAAUUCCUGCGCGGACUCGGUAGCGUUGGACAUAUCGAGGACAUUGCUGUAGACAAGUCGCAGCAGGGAAAGAAGCUCGGCCUGCGGAUUAUCCAGGCCCUCACGGUCAUCAGCGAGAACAGCGGCUGCUACAAGACCAUCUUGAACUGCAGCGACAGUAACAUCCCCUUCUAUGAGAAGUGUGGAUUUGAGAAGAAGGAGAAUGAGAUGGCGAAGUAUGCUCCCACGGAGCGUUCCCGUACCCCACGGCUGUGAAACAUUCGUACAUCCCGGGUAUCUCCCGCUCUGGACUCUCGUAAAGCAGUGUGCUCGCCCGGACUUCAUCUCGGACUGGAUAACAUGUCGCAUAUUGUAGCUUCCUCCUAUUUUGGGCUAUCAGCAUGCCUCGUAGUAAUGUACGUUUUAUAUAUUCAGUAUCGCACGGCGUAUUGGUCAGUGGUGGGACAAUGAUGUCUAGAUGAUUGCUUAAUGCCAUUCGCGUUGAA